AUGGCCACCAUUCAGAACAGACCAUUCUCCAAGGACUACAGCGGGCUCAUCAACCAGUCUGUUGUUGCUGGGGGCAUCUUGCUCGUCACUAUUACCGCCCAUGAGAUAAUGCGAAGGAAACGUCGGGGCAAGGGUCCCCAUGACGAGGGCUUGGGCAGCGUCGAGUCUUGGGAGUUUGGAUACUUGUACCAAGGCAGGUCAUGGGCCAAGCGACCGUCGCCGCCAUUGCCACGCAAAUGGCCACUAGGAUGGAUCAAGCAAGUCCUCACAUUUCCUGAGGACCGCUUCAACGAGCUCCGAGGUGUCGAUGCCUCGCUCUAUAUACGCUGGCUACGAGGAUGCUUCUGGUUCACGGGCCUCCAGUGCCUCUCAACCUUAGCCAUCCUCUUCCCCAUACAUGUCACCUUCUCUGACGGGACUGUCUCUUCCAAAUCCAUGACGCGCGCGUCGAUCUCCUCUCUGGUUACCACGCCAAAGGGACUCUCUCUACUCUGGGUUCAUAUUGUCUUGCUCGUCUGGAUUACCUUCACCUGGUUUGGAACCCUGUACUGGAUCUGCAAAGGGGCUUUCCACUAUAGGGCCCAGAAGAUCCUCGCCGCCGCCAAUCGCGCCGCUUCUGAUGUCCAAGCCGAACGACGCGCCCAAUAUGACCCUCACCCGCAUCCACAGUACCCCUUCCAUGCUCUACCUCCCUUGGACAACGACCACACCAACCGCGGGCUCCGGCUACGAACAGUAAUGGUCACCAAUAUUCCCCACUCGCUCCGGUCUGAGAAGGAUCUGAAGGAAUACUUCGAAUAUUACCUGUCGCGGCGGGUUGCACUGCCAGCCCUUGGUAUCACAUCAUCGACCCAGCCUGGCUUCUUGAACAAGACCUUCGCGUUCCUCUUUAACCGGGCCCGACGUAUCCCCACCCAGGUUCAUCUGACGCGCUUGUCUACGGGCGGGUCUGGUGGCGAGAACACUCCGGGUCGCUCUUCACCUACUCAGGAACCCAAACCAGGAGAGAACGGUCCCCCAGCUAUCGACCGCGUUGUCCUCGUUAGGAAGAUGAACGACCUGGCGUCGAUGCUGGAACGACGGGAGGAGACCCUUCGCCUUCUGGAAACCGCACACAUCAAGCUGGCGCGCAAGGCCCUCAUGGACGUGCAGGCUGCCAUCCAAAGACAGAACAGCUCUCCUGGCAUGCUCCGGACAGCGGUGCGGCGCAUGUCCGUUGCCGCCAUGCGAGGGAGUAUCUCGGGUUCUCUAGACGUUGACGCCGUCAAUCAGAGUGAUGAUGGGACGGAGGAGGGAGAGGACCGGAUGCAGCUCCUCAUCCGCACGCUCAGGCCUUACCUGCCUGCCUUGCAUACAGAUCUGGCUUCGGACGGUCGUUCUUCCGGAUGGCGCAGGCAUUUCGCGAAGAGCAAUCCGGACCUGGAAGCGGCGCACACGAAGGUCCGCGAGAAGGCACCGCAGGUCCCAGACGGGAAGACCGUUUGGGACGCCCUGCUCAGCCUCCCGCGGAGCACCCUCGACGCCUACCAGCCGCUCAUCCACCUCUCGUCGAUCUUCCGCGGGAAGACCGUGCCGGCGAUCGACUACUACACGGCGAAGCUCCAGAUCGUGACGAACAUGAUAUCGGAGAAACGGUCGAUGCCGUUGACAAAGUUCGAGCCCAUGUCGACGGCGUUCGUCACCUUCGUCGACCCGGCGGACGCGCGGAGGGCGUGCAAGUACCUCGCGGUGCACCCGGACAACCCCCUGCAGUGCUUGGUGACUAUGGCACCGUCGUACGAGGAUCUGGACUGGACGCGGCUGAUGAAGCCGACGUUCAGGGUGGAGUUCGUCAAAGACUGGGUGGUAGAGCUGGGCGUCUGGGCAUUCACGAUCUUCUGGGUUUUCCCGGUGACCUCCUUCGUCGCUCUCGUGAACAUUCAGAACCUGAGUACGCUUUGGCCGGGAUUGCUGAACUUCCUUUCUUCCCAUCAAUGGGAAGAGGAGCUCCUGCAGUCUUUCGUCCCCACAGUUUUGGUGUCACUGUUGUCGUUACUGAUCCCGCUGCUGCUUCUACUCAUUGCUAAGCGAGCACACACGAUCGCAACGCUGUCUGCUCUGCACGACCGUAUCAUGACGCGAUAUUACAAGUUCUUGGUUGUUAACGUUUUGGUUUUCUUCUGCGUGGGGACCGUGGCUCUGCAGUCGUUCCUGCUCUCGUUCAAAUCCGUCGCUACUAGUAAAGUGGUCAACGUUAUUGCUCAGAGCUUCCCGGUUGCUGCUCCAUUUUAUGUUGGCUGGUUCAUCUUCACGACUGCUAUGCACAGUGGACUCGAAAUUGCAUUGUGUGAUGGGCGUAAGUUCUGCGACCUACCUCUCAUCCUAUACCCCGCCACUCGACGGCAAGUCACGCCUCGCAAGCGCGCAAUGGGUAUCCGUCCGCGCACUUUCAACUACUACUAUUGGCUGCCUAACCACGUGCUCGUGAUGCAUGUUCUGCUUGUAUUCGCGUUGCUGAACCCUCUCGUGAUCCCUUUUGCCCUGGUGUACUUCGCGGUAGAGCGAACUGUUAUUAAGAAUCAGCUGCUCCAUGUCUAUGCGAAGAACUACGAGGGCAACGGUCAGAAGUUGCUUAUCCGGAUGGUCCGAUUCUCGCUGGAUGGGCUGAUCCUCGCGCAAGUCGUGUUCCUUGCAUACAUGGUUGUCAAUAAGAAGACUGUCAACGUGGGCAUCUCCGCUGUCCUUAUCAUCAUAACUGCCGCAUAUAAGAUGUUCCUCACUCGCCUCUGUCGCGCUCGUUUCGAACACGACGAUGAAUUAGAGGCUCAGAUUGUCUGCGGAACAGGACAGGCAACAGAGGACCUCAUUGACGAGGCAGCACCGACCAACAGCGAGGCCGGUCGAAGUGACCUGGAAGCGAGGCUCAGCGGUAACUCCAUGGGCAACGUCUGGCCGUGGCGUCUUCCUUUGAAAAUCAACUUCGCAUACGCUUCGAUUGCGAGGCGCCCGCACAACUCUCCGCGGCAUCUGCCAAACCCCUUUGGUCCCGUGCGGCGAUCGAGUUCUACGGUACCUCUUACACUUGCUUCUCCUGUCGAAGAAUCGCCUGCCAUCAGGCCGAUGCUGGAGACUUGUCGGGAGGUCAGCAAUGGAGGCGAGAGCCAAGCGGAUCAAGAGCAGACCGACCCCGCCGUUGUGUCGAAACAUCCUCCUCAUCCGGCCUGGGAAGACGAGUCUUCUCCGAACCAUACCUACGACAAUCCCUACUAUACCCGCCAUAUCGAGAACCUUUUAUGGCUACCGCGUAAUCCGCUCGGCAUCCUGAACCUUGAUGAUACUGUCGACCUUCGCAUAUCGUUGACGACUCAACCAGCGGCCGGGAGGUUGACUGCAUGGCGCGACCAGGAGUUCCUGGAGAGCGGCUUCUCGUUGCCGCUGGCUGCUGCGAGCUUCGCGAGUGACGACGAGGAUGCGGAGUCUGUGCAUCCGAGCUUCUACAAACGCUUAGACGGAUCGGAAGAGAUCCAACUCCCGCCUUUGAUCGCAUCCCGAAUCAGUAGCAGUAACCGAGAAGACGACGUCGAGACAGCCCCUGUAUACCGUCGCCAGUCCAAGCGGCGGAAGUCAACCCACAGUACUACGGGAUCCACGGGAUCGCACAUCGGCCUCGGGCGCCCCAGCACAUACGACGUUGGUUCGUCCCCCGGCUACCGCUCAAUGUCCAUAGGCUCCGCUGUCUCCCAAGCUAGCAGUCGAGGGGCGCCAUCGGGUCCGCCGUCCUCCUUGUUACCCGCGGGUUCUCAUCGUCGAAACCGCGCAGCUUCGAUGGACCACGAGCUCGGUAUGCGAAGAGUACGGAACUACCCGAGUUUGGGUGCGAGGUCUGCACUAUCCGUCAUUGAAGGGGCCCCCAUUCGCCCGUCACUCGCCGGACAAUACAGCAGUGGUUCUGCGGGCUCAAAAAUCAUCUCCGUACAGGAGGCGGUUUACGGUGUUGCAAUUGCCGAGGAAGAGGAUGCCGUGGAGGACAUUCGGGAGCGAGACGAGGAAGAGGAGGAGCAAGCCCAACAACCGAAAUCUUGGUUGACGUCUUGGAUGUUCCGACGCUCAUGA